AUGCAAAAAAUACAGAGAAUAUUCUUGAAAUGGCUUGUUGCACUCUGCAUAAUUCCUGUAUUUAUUAUGGGAAUACCAGUUUUCAUCAUUGUAUAUCCAAUCAGCUUGUUUAACAGAAAGCUGGUCGUUCGUAUAUCAACAUUAUUCACGUACCUGACAUGGUCGAUCACAAGCAUCCUGUUCAACAUAUCAUGCAGAGUUGAAGGAAACAACAUUUUAGACAACAAAAAUUAUUUUGUAAUUAGCAAUCAUUUAGGAUCAGUUGACUUCAUGCUAAUAAAUGAGAUAGCCAAGAUGAAUAAUAUGAUUGCACAUUCAAAAUAUACGAUCAAGGAGGGAUUGAAAGUAUUUCCAGUGCUGUAUCAAGGGAUGGUAUCCGUGGGAUUUUUAGUUCUUAAGCGAUGCUUCGAGAAGGAUCGAAAACGAAUCAUUCGGUAUUUUGAGUUCUUCAAGGCCAAUGAUAUUCCAAUCUGGUUUAUUCUGUAUCCCGAAGGCUCAAGGUUCAAGAAGCAGGCCCAAGCAAUCAGCUGGGAAUAUUCAGACAAAAACAACGUUCCAAGGAUGAAUAAUGUUCUUUUCCCAAGAUACAAGGGAUUCAAGCUCAUAUGUGAGCAACUCAGAGGCUCAAGAAUAUCAGAGAUUGCAGACAUCACAUUUUCAUAUUCAGAAGGCGAGGUCCCACCACUCUGGAAAUUCUUACUCUGCGACGUUACUGGACACUUCAAAUACAACAUAAGAAUAGUUCCAAUAAAUCAGAUCUCAGAUUACGAAUCAUUCCUAUACAAGGCCUUUGAACGAAAAGAUGCAUUAAUAACUGAAUGGAAAACAUUGAAGAGCAAAUAA